AUGGAACUCUACAGUUCGAAUAACUGCAAGCUUGUGCAGUUCAUCAAUUAUUUCUGCGGCGACUGCAGACGCUUUGCAGCCACAUUUAAGCAGCUGGCCUGGAAACUGUAUGGAUGGCGAACCGUUCUAUCGAUCUUUGUGGUGGACUGUGCACAGGAGAGAAAUGUGCAAAUUUGUCGCGACUUUGACAUUCAGAAAACACCUACACUGCGUAUUUUCCCACCCGAUUUUCAACGGACUGAGAAGCAAGUUGGUUUCGACUUGGACACACUUGUGCCUGAUGCUAUUUUUGCCAAGCUCGCCGAAUAUAUAUCGAAAGUUAAGUACACAAUGCUGGGCCAACCAGAUUUUAAGCCAGUGAAAGCUACGGAUAUUAUACAGCCACUGCUUCAGAAACUUGGUUGCUUUAAUUCGAGUGCUAUAAACUUUACAGUGCUGGUCUAUCAACCAGAGGGAUCAACAAUUGGCAGAGACACAAUACUCGGCCUACUAAUUUGGCCAAUGGUCAAUGUGCGUAUUCUAAGCGAUCGACGGCUGUUUAGAUACUUCGUCUUAAGCCCAACAAACAGCACGUUGGCCCUUAUGGACUGUGUUGGAAAUGCAAAAGCCUUGCAGCCGUUGAAUGACACCAGUGCAUCCUAUGUUGCCUGCGUGGGGAACUAUAUUCAUUCUUUAGGCUAUGCCUUGCCGCUACUUCCAACUAACCCCGCGCCAAACAUAACCAACUAUCUCAUUGAUGAGGAACAAGCCGCCAUUCUUUCAACUGUCCUACAAGGAAGAUCUAAAGUUUAUCGCGCAGAUUUGGAACAGGCGAUUGACCAGCUUAUUCACAUCGAGUUGCCAAAGGUGCGAAUUUUUAAGGGUGAUAACAUGAUGGCUUUGCGACAAUUUCUUAAUGUCCUGUGCCUGUUUAGUCCCUUAAAUGUCAGCGGCAAAUUGUUGUUACAACGCCUCUAUGAAUUUGUUAAUGGCUCCACCAGUGGUGAACUGACUGGCAUGGCCUUCCAGGCACAGGUGCAACUAUUGGAGGGAAUGCAGCCAAAGGUAUUCAAGGCCAGGCGAUAUGUAGGCUGCAUUGCAUCGGGUCCUUUCCUGCGUGGCUUCACAUGCUCGCUGUGGACACUCUUCCACUAUUUCACCGUACAGGCGUCCAAGUCUCUCAUUUUGCCGGCAGGUUUUGUUUUAGGCACCGUUCAUGGUUUCGUUAAGCACUUCUUUGGCUGCAGGGAUUGUGUGCAGCAUUUUAUGGGCAUGUCUGAGCGGCGUAAGAUUUUCUCAGUGGCUAGCCGAGACGAGGAGAUACUUUGGCUAUGGGAGGCACACAACGAGGUUAAUCAACGAUUGGAAGGCGAUAUUACCGAGGAUCCCAAAUUCCCAAAAGUACAGUUUCCCACUCUGAGUGUUUGCGGCAAUUGUCAAAUUAAUUCUCUCCAUAACACAACUUGGCAACGGCCUCAGGUUUUGUCAUUUCUAAAAGAACUUUACGAUGGCCGAAACUUGAGCAACUAUGGAUUACCCACCACCAACGGAUACAAUUGA